AUCGGACGAAAUAGCAAUACCCUAAUUCCAUAUUUUUGCUAAAAUUGUAAAUUUCAUUUUAAUUUAGAAGAAUACACACUAUCCCUCAAAAUGCCUGUUCCCUCUCUCCAGCACUAAACCGAAAGCUCGUUCGCUCCAAGAACACGGCUUUCCAUUCUUGGGCAGCAAAAGUUUCUUGGUAAAGAUAAAAGCUUUAUUAUUUACCGUCAGCCAUUUGAGAAGCCAUGUUAAACCUUUCUCUUUCUCCUGCAGGGUUUAGCCUUAACCUCCAAAACCCUUCUAAAACCUCCUCCCCUUAUCCCUAUCAUCAACCUCUCUCUUUCUCCUCCUCCUUCAAUAAUAUUAACCCCUUAUAUUCCAACACAAAAUGCUCUAAAGCUUUGCCUAGAAACCUUUCCUUAACAUGCCGCCAUUCUGAAUACUUUGAACCUCAACAGCAACAGCAACAGCAACAGCAACAACAGGGGGCAUCUACGCCUAAGGUUUAUGUUGGAUACUCGAUAUACAAAGGGAAGGCAGCUCUCACUGUCGACCCUCGGCCUCCAGAGUUCUCACCUUUAGACUCAGGGGCCUUCAAGCUUUCAAGAGAGGGUUUCGUGCUGCUUCAGUUUGCACCUGCUGCUGGUGUUCGCCAGUAUGAUUGGGGUAGAAAGCAGGUCUUCUCAUUGUCUGUGACUGAAAUGGGAUCUCUUAUCAGCCUUGGUGCAAAAGAUUCAUGUGAAUUUUUCCAUGAUCCAAACAAAGGAAGAAGUGAUGAAGGUAAAGUCAGGAAGGUGUUGAAGGUUGAGCCACUUCCGGAUGGCUCUGGUCACUUCUUCAAUCUCAGUGUUCAGAACAAGCUUAUUAAUUUGGAUGAGAACAUUUACAUCCCUGUUACAAAGGCAGAGUUUGCAGUUCUUAUCUCAGCAUUCAAUUUUGUUGUGCCAUACCUUUUAGGUUGGCACACUGCUGUGAAUUCCUUCAAGCCUGAAGAUGCCAGCCGUUCAAACAAUGCAAAUCCAAGAUCAGGUGCUGAUUUAGAAUGGAGUAGAUAGUUCUGGCAGGAUAGAGUACGUUAUCUGUGCUAUGAUCGAGGAGCAGGAUGUUCUUUGGCCCUUUGAUCAAAAUUUUGUAUGACCCUCUUUGACUUGCACCCUCCAUUGAUUCUACAAGGGGUUUUAACUGGGAGUGCUUUCCUAGAAGUUUCCGCGACGGUUGAAUUAACUCUCUUGUUGUAAUGGUGAUUUAAUGUAGUUGUGUUGUGUCUAGGUGUGUUUAUUGUGUAGCCAUAUUGCAGUGGAAAUUCCCAUUCACUGAUUAUUCUGUUGAAUAGUUUUCGCCAACCUAUUUGGUUCUUUUUAUGUCCUUA